GUUUCAGUCUAGGAGGGACAUCAGCUUUCGAAAGUAUGGCGUCGAGUUGGAAGAUCCUCUGCGUCUUGGGCGUUUUGGCGGUGAGCGGCGCUGAUGCCGUCUACAAGGGCACCUACAUCGGAAAAUUCUCCACUCUGCACCACGAUGUCGUUGGAGACGUGUAUGCCAUCGACAACAUCACCAUAUACGUCGAGGGAUUCAGCUACGAUGGAGAGGCACCCGAUGCCUUCUUCUUUGCUGGCAACAAGACCCCUGAGCCCAGUAACCGCGGCUUUAUAAUUCCCGAUGAACGUGGCAGGAGAUUCGCUAUUGAUUUCGGACACGUGAAGGUACCCCGUGGAAUUGAACUGCCUCAGUCCCAGGUGGCCAUUGGACUUGAGAGUGACAGCCCUCAGAUGAGGGCCUCUGCAGUCAUGAUUGCCGACACUGACACCUUCGUCAUUGAAGAUUUCUCUUUCGAUGGCACAAUUCCUGAUGCCAUCUUUGUUAUGGGAAGUGGAAACGCCGACGCCAGUGGCUCCCAAGUUCCGGACGAAAAGGGCAGCCUGAACCCCCUGAGGAAGUACAGCAAGAAGACCCUCGCCCUUCCCAUCCCACCCGAAGUGAAGGGUCAGACUAUCCAGUACUUUGGAGUGUGGUCCCCCUCUAAGGGCAUGCUGGCAUCCGUCACGUUUGACCCCAAUGCCCUCAUCCCUCCUUCUGUCAAGUCGCUGCCAUAAAAUUUACAGGAGGAAAUUCCCAGGUUUCUCGUGAGUGGAACAUACUUACCUACACUAUCUGAGCAACGCUGACAAAUAAAAGCUGGUUCAGGGUAUGUUCUGCUGUUUCAGGUUAUACUUCGUAUACAGAUAGUAGUUUUAGAUUUUUUUUUUAUUUCACAAAAACCUUUCAAUGUCUGUCAUUAAUUUUGUAACCAAUUUUAGAGGAUGAGCUGAGUUUUACUGUGCAUGAACUCGACUUUUUCCUACUUUUUAUUAUUGUCAUUAUUAUUAUUAUUUUUAAUUUUUGUUAUACUCCGUUUCAUCUCCCUCUGUGGCAUCAACAUUUAUGUCAUAUUGGUUUCAAAGUCAGAUGAUAUAAAUCACAGACUAUACAGAGGGUCAAUGAAACCUUUUUAAACCUAGAUAAAAAUGCAAUGUUGCCAUAGCAAAAUUUCGAUACAGUUAAAAGCUAGACUUACCUCUGGCAAAAAAAACUUUUUAUUGAUGAUGUAGGCUCUCAUUAGUUCAUAUUAUUUUUCCUAUCUAUCGAACAGUACUUAGUACACUAAGGUAUCAUAUUUUUCCAUGUUUUUUAUUGUCUGAAUUUUAUUAUAUUUUUCUUUAUAUAGUUAUCUGAUUUUAAUACUUAAGAUGUGAUAUAGUAGUAGUAAGGUUCGAAAAUACGUAGACACAUUAAACUCACGUAUCAUCAUCCUUAGCACAUUAACAGAAAAAUUCAGGAACUGAUCUUCUUGCAUUUUGGCCAGUAUGACGAUUUAUUCAUUACUAAAAUGAAAAGAUUGGCUCGUGAAAAUUUUUUAUAUUUUUUGCGAAUAUUCACUUUCUCAUUUCAUCAAAUUUGUCUCCUAUCAGUUUUCAGUGUAAUCAUUAUUUAAAAGUGAUUGAGACGAGACGCAGAAAAAAUGAGCACCAUUGCAAUGGUGAAACAAAAUGUCAACAGAAAACAUCCGCGUUUAUUUGACAAAUGAUCAAUAUUGUUAAAUUAGAAUGAGUGAGUCACCGUGUACAACAGCGCAGAGCAUCUUGCACUAAAUUGUCUUUUGCCUAAAACUAGAAAGUCAUGAAGAUCUGUUGUGCUGGAUUUCAUUUAUUGUUAACAAUAAAUUUGUUUUAGUUAGA